AUGCACAAUGCUGCUGCUGCUGCUGUUGUUGUUGUUGCUGCUGCUGCUGCUGCUGCUGCCAAUACUACUGCGUGGCUAGAGACUGCCGUUGAGGGGGCCUGGGGUGAAAAUGGGCAGAACAAGUGCCGGUACAAUACAGACAAGAAGGAAGAGGAAAUGGGCAGAACAAGUGCCGGUACAAUACAGACAAGAAGGAAAGGGAGCGGGUUGCUAAGAACUGACACUGCUAUUGAUACUGCUACUGUUACUGCUACUGUUACUGUUCCUGUCACUGCCAUUGUCACUCCUUUUCUUGACACCUGUCCCCCUCCCCCUUCUCUCCAUCUGCCUUGCUGGCCCUGGUGCCCUUGCUGGCCCACCUUGGUCGUCGUCGUCGUCGUCGUCGUCGUCGCCGUCGUCUGUCUGGCCAUCUCCUCCGCUCUCAGGCCAGGCCCGCCAAAAACUUUUCCGCUGCCGACUCGACCUCAUUUCCCACCCCCAUUCCGUGCAGCCUUCGCUCCGCCCGGCCGUUUUUCGCUCUCCCUUAGCCCUGCUGCCAUUGGCCGUUCCUUCCUAAUUCGUCGUGUUUUAGUUGGGCAAUCACUCGGUGCUGCGGCCAAAGUCGACUUCCUCCUCCAUCUUUCUACCGCACCGCAUCCCCAGCCUCGCCGUUUGCUGUCCCUCGGUCGCCGCUCCUUCGCUCUCGGUAUCACCAUGUCCUACUACAACGAGCCUUCGUGGUCUGCCCCCGCCCCCGGGCGCCAGGCUUCGUGGGAACAGUCGCAGCCGCCUUCACGUUCAGGUACCGGACACAGUGGUUACAACGGCGGGGGUGCACCCAUUCACAUGGACACAGGCGCCAGCUCGACCGUCAACAGAGACGAGCCGACUGCAUUUGCCUCCCAGUUCGACGAAGUCGACCGCGCCGCCGAAAACCUCGCCAAAAGCGGAAAGCCCUUUGGUCCUGGAUUCCCCCCGACCCCGCUGGGCAACAGCCGUCGCGAGUCGAUGCCCAUGAUGGGCGGUGUGGCUCCUCGACCCUUCCCUGACUAUGACCAGCGCAUGGGCGGUCCCCAGCGCCAUCACUCGGUGAGCGAGUACGACGGCGCCAGAUCGCAUUCGGCCUCUAACGCCCAGGGCUUCUACCAGAACCAGCGCUAUGCGCCACGACCCAACGAUGCGGAUCAGAUGGCCCAGGCAAAGCGACGGAUGGCGGCACAGCGCGAGCGCGAACUGCGCAACUAUCAUCAGGAGCAGCAAUACCACAGAAACGUUUCUGGCUCCAAGUCGGACCGCUCCAUGAGCCCCAAUGCCAUGAAUGAAGAAGAGCGCCGCGAGCUCAUCGCCCGCCAACACCGUGCCCUGUACGGCGAGACGUCGACCUUGUAUAAUAACAACCCCACCUCCAGCCAGGACGUCCGCGUGCAAACAUCACAAGCUGGCCGCGGCCCUUCUCCUCUCGCUUUUGACCCCUUCGGCAUGCAGCCCCAGAGCAACUCGUCGGGUGAAGCCGCUGUCCAAAUGCCCCCACGGGGCGACAAGGAUGUUGCAGGUGGAGCUCAGGAGGCCCGUGCCAAUAGCAAUUCCUCUCCUUCCUCCAACCAGAACCCGGCCUUUGCCCUGUUCGAUGCUCAGCAAUCUAGCCGUGCCUCGAACUCGUCACCGGGUGGCUCUCCCCCUGUGCCAGGGCCCAAGGCCAACAAUGGUUCCGGCGUGGCCCCGAUCGGCACUCGUCCCCAGAACCAGAGUCUGCACCAGCCGGCAAAUGCUUCCAUGAGCAAACGUACGACCUCACCUCUGCCCUCACCCCUGGGCUACAACUCGUACAAUGCCAGUGAGCAGACCACCUCUGCUCCUAUGAAUCCCUCGUCGACGGCUACCGACAAGGGCGUCGGUAUUUGGAACAAUGGUCCCUGGAGCAACACCCCCAACCAGGGUGUACAAGCUUCCGUCUGGGGCUAA